AUGUCCGAAUAUCAGCCAAGUUUAUUUGCUUUGAAUCCAAUGGGGUUUUCACCAUUGGAUGGUUCCAAACCAACCAACGAAAACACUUCUACCUCCACCUCAUCUUCUAUCGCUAAACCAGUCGUUGGUCAAUUAAUCUUCGAUAAAUUUAUCAAGGCUGAAGAAGACCCAAUGAUCAAGCAAGAUGCUCCUUCAAACCUUGAUUUUGAUUUUACUCUACCUCAAACAGCAACUGCUUCCAACACUGAGACUGCUUUACCAAUUUCAGAACUAGACGCCGCUGUGGUAGAAUCUUUCUUCUCUUCAAGUACUGAUUCGACUCCAAUGUUUGAAUACGAAAACCUAGAAGACAAUUCUAAAGAAUGGACUUCUCUGUUUGACAACGACAUUCCAGUCACCUCCGAUGACGUUUUAUCGGCUGACAAGGCAAUUGAAUCUACUGAAGAAGCCUCUUUGGUACCAUCUAACCUAGAAGUAUCAACAACUUCAUUCUUGCCAACCCCUAUACUAGAAGAUGCUAAAUUGAGCCAAACCAAACGUGCAAAGAAACCAAAUUCUAUCGUUAAGAAAUCUCAUCACCACCACCAUCAUCACCACGAUGAAGAUGAAGAUGAUGAGGAAUCGAGACUAGAUCACUUAGGGGUUGUUGCUUACAACCGUAAACAACGCUCGAUUCCACUGUCUCCAAUUGUGCCUGAAUCUAGCGAUCCUGCUGCUCUAAAACGUGCUAGAAACACAGAGGCCGCAAGACGUUCCCGUGCAAGAAAGCUGCAAAGAAUGAAGCAACUCGAAGACAAAGUUGAGCAACUACUGUCCAAAAAUUACCAGUUGGAAAACGAGGUUGAAAGAUUGAAGAAAUUAGUUGGUGAAAAUUGA